CUGUGGACUUUCUUUCUUUCUUUCUUUCUUUCUUUCUUUCUUUCUUUCUUUCUUUCUUUCUUUCUUUCUUUCUUUCUUUCUUUCUUUCUUUCGUUCUUUCCUUGACUUUCCUUUCUCUCUAUCUCUGCUCACCCUCACCCGUGUUGCCAUCUCUUCAUUCUUGCUCGAUCCCACUUAGGUCUGAUGUAGGCAAACGGUCGAUGUAUUCAGAGUGAUUUGUGCGACAUGUUGGUGUUGAUUUAUUUUGUUUGGUUGUCGUUUUUUUUUUUGACUGUUUGUCCAUCAAAUGAAUUGCACUCGUGAACGUCUAUUGUCUGUGUCUCUCUUUCUUUCUCUCUCCCUCUUCCCUUCUCUGUCAGACCAUCAUGUGUGUGUUCCUCAAUAUGGAUGGCUACUCCCUGUGCACUCUUUCCUUUCAUUCUCUCCAUCUCUAUCUCCCCCCCCUUCUCUACCCCUUUUCGUCUUUAUUUUCUUUUUUUAUAAAUGUGUGUAUUAAACCGAAAGGGCUGCAAAACUGUUUUGAUUGUUCUACUGGCUGCAUCCUCUGCUUGCUGAUUGGCCUGUUUUGCUCACUUCUUGGUCAUGAUUGGCUGUGCGUAAUCUUGAACUUUCUGGAUGUUUUUUGUAUCAUGUUCAACUGAUGAAACUGCUGCUUUCUUCACCUUCUUUUUUCCCUUUCUUUUUUUAAAAGGUAGCAAUGGAAUGGUUAUUUUUGAAUGCUUUUUUUUGAUCUGAAAUGUUUUUGUCGUUGUUUAUUCCUUUUGUGUGCCGGUGUUUUUCGGCUUACCAAAUGCCUGAUUGCUCACUGGAAUCUUUAGUUUUUUACUGUCUUUCUCCUUGAAAAGAAGCGCAUGCGUCAAAUAUCAUCACUGCUCAUCAACAGAAUUAACUAACUAAUUCCUGCUAACCUAAUCGUAAAAUGUUUUGUUAUUUAAAUUUAUUUUUUAAUUGUUUGGUAUCCAAGGACACACCAACUGAGACUUGUGUCUUUCUAAAACAGUAUAUAAAUAAAUGUAAAAUUGAAACAUAGAAGUUCAACUGAUCCAGUGUUGACUGGAUCACUCUUAUUCCGCUAACCUGUGUCUUUCUUAACGAGACAUAUCGCUAGUCUAACCUUCAGCUUCAACCCGACUAUGAUCAUGUGAUCGAUGUCCCCUCCCCGUCCCCCCCACCCCCACCCCAACCCUUUUCCCUAUUGGUUGGAGUGAAAUUGGCCAGUAACCCCUUCCGUCUCCCGGUGCCCAGGUCAACAACGCCACGGCCAGGGUGAUGACCAACAAGAAGAUCUCCACCCCGUACUCCAACGGGGAGGGCCUGGCCACGAUACCGUACGGUAACGCGCUAUGUACGUCCCGUGGAGCGCAGCCUUCACUCCUCCACCAUGUUGUACCAGCCGGUUGGAAACUGAGCCCCAUGGUCGGAGCCAUGUACAGCCCGGAACUAUACACAGUGCCAGGGUUCCCCUACCCCGCAGCGGCCGCCGCCGCCGCCGCCACCACAGCAGCCACCUUCCGGGGGGCCCACCUGCGGGGCCGGGGCCGGCCCGUCUACAGCGCCGUCAGGGCCGCCGUGCCCCAGCAGGCCAUCCCCGCCUACCCUGGUGUGAUGGCCUAUCAGGAUGGCUUUUACGGUGCAGCUGAACUCUAUGGGGGCUACGCAGCGUACCGCUAUGCCCAGCCGACAGCCGUAGCAGCCCCCUCAGCGGCGGCGGCAGCUGCAGCGGCAGCAGCCUACAGCGACAGCUACGGACGGGUCUACACUGCAGACCCUUACCACGCCGCUCUCGCGCCCGCGGCCUACGGUGUCGGAGCCAUGAUGUUGUGUGAUCCUUCCCAGGCAACUCUCUACCGGGGAGGCUACAGUAGAUUUGCUCCCUACUAAGGACCCUACAUUUCCUUGGAGCUUCCCCCCCCUCCCCUCUUCUUCCAUCCGGGCUCUAUGAAAGAGCUCCCUCUGUUGGUUCAGAGGAGGACUGCACCCUGUAUACAGAGAUAGUUCUGAUCCCACUCCAGCAAAAUCCCACCCUUUCUUUCUCUUUUUUUAUUACACUACAAAAAAUAAGGAAUGCUAAGACUAAUGGAUGGCCUUGACCUAAAAAGAAAAAAAAAGAACCAAGAUGGCCGCCUACUUUAUUGCACGGCUGUAUUAUAGAAUCCCUCCAUUAUGCCCCCCCCCCCCAACCCCGACAAUGAGCAGCACAAGACAUGGGAGCAGACCCAGACGAUCUUCCAGAAGCUCUAACUCAUGCAUGGAUAACUGACAUUCGAACAGCUGUCACCCAAGUGAACCAACAAGCCAAGUACACCGUGCGGCAUCACACACCCUCACACAACGACCAGGAACAUUGGGGAGGGGCGGGUCAGAUUAGGAAUUAGGUGACGGUUUGUACUUUGUUGAACAGAAAACAAAAAAAACGCAUAAACCAUUUAAAAGCCGAAAAAAACAGGAUGGGGGACUGGUCUGAUUGAGCGGAGUGGAGUUUCGUUCGUUUGCUGUGCGUGCUGAAAAGGAGGAGUGGGAAUGGCGGCUGCUGUGAUGCGUUAUAAGCUAGACAUCACUUCAGCGAGGCUAGGAGAGGCGGGGCUUAUUUCAGAUGUACCUUACCUCGUUUUCUUAGUGUUUGGACAUGUGAACCUUUAAACUUUAAAUUGUUACAAUAUGCAAUUAAAUUAGUUUAGACAUGAGAAAAAAAAUAUUAUUACCAAAUUAUGAUUAUUAUCGUUCUUUAUAAUGAUUUAAUGAUUAUUAAAAAGGUUUUUUUUUGUAUCAUGACCGAUGUCGUUUCGGCUUGGACUCUUUAUGACAUAGCGUUGAUUCACCUGGCUGGAAUGAGUCUCGUUGCACUCAAUAUGCGAUAAAAAUACAAUGAAAACCUAGAUCCAAAUGAGAGCACAUAGCAGGAGGUAGAGUUGGUUGUCUCACUGGUGUCUCCCAUGCCUCAGAUCCAGUGACCAGGCUGCCAUGACAACACUACAGUCUUUAAAACACUACAGUCAAUUUACUCGCCUAAAUUCUAGGAGGAUUUGGUUUAUUCAUGUUCCAAAUCAUUAAAUUAUCUUCCCUAUAAUCUCCAUCGGGAGGCAAGGGGUAUACACCCUUUUUUUUAUUGAUUCCUUCAUCAAAAAAAAUGGAAAAGUAUUAUUUGAAAUCUCCAAAAUGCUCCCUGUUUUUAGUAGAGCAUGAAAACACGCAAAAAUGAGUCUUCCUGAGGAGAAACAGUUGAAAAACUGACAGUAGUUGUUACACACGAAAGAGUCAACAAGCGGAUCGAAAGUAAAUAUUCUACAUAAUUCUCUAUUCUAAAUCCUAUUCCCAAAUGUGGUUGUUUUGCCUUUUUGGUUUUAUUUGGUUCCAAAGAUUUUUAGGAAGCACAGUUUGUUUCUGCUUGUGUAUUAUUAAUAUAUUCUUUAUUCUUAUAUUAUGAUCCUGAUCCUUGGUAAUCGAAUUGCUGUCUUGUUACUAUUAUUCUACUUUUUAUUUAAAGGAUGCUCCUAUACUUGUGUGAGUUAAACUUUACUCUCAAACGUUUGUCCUUAACCUGAAGGGACAGAGAGGCGAUGGAGACCAGGAACGCAUGUUGCAAUGCAGAGUUCACAGAUUUUUGUUUGUUUUGGAUCUUUUAUUAUUUUUUGUCAUAUAGUCAGAACAGGCCUCGCCUGUUUCUGGAUUACAUGUUAUUUAAUGACUUGCUCUGGUAUUAUAUGAGGUUAAUUUGUAUUUCAGAAUAUGCAGAAAUAGCUACAAAUAAAAAUAAAAACUUGUGUCUGUAGUUUACAGGUGACCGAGCCCUUUGGAGAUGAAUGAACAGAGGCCUGUGGCACUUCUCAAGGGUUAAGCAAAUCGUAUUCCGAUUUUAGUUUAUAUGAUUUAUUUUUGUUUUUAUAUUAGUGCUUUAACAUGGCUCCUUACAUUUCAGUGCGGAAAAAAAUAAUAUUUAGCCAGCUAUAGGAACGUUUGGCUUAAAUAUCGCAAAGUGUUAGAAUUUAAAGAUAAUAUUUCAACAUGGGGGAGAAAAGUAAACUGUGGGUCGUGGUUUAUGAACCACGAACCCGUGUUUGAAAUGCUGCAGCUAAUUCUGAAAUAGUUUGUCAAUUUCUUCCAUUUCAAUCCCCACCAAGCUAAGACGGCUCGGAAAAGUCUUUGCUGUAGUUGGUUUGCAGCUGGCUUUUGUUCAAUACGUUAUGUUGCUUUUUUCGCUUGACUUUUUAAUAUUUACAUAUUACUAUAGAACGGGUCACCAACACAGUGCCCGCGGGCACCAUGGCGCCCGCAAGGAUCACAUGAGGCGUACGCAGGCCUGUUCUAAAAUAGCACUACUCAUUCUUGAACAACUCUUUCCCACCUUUUUUAAGUCAUUGUUGAUAAUUAUUGUAAGAAAUCAUUAACAUGACUUAAUUAAUUAACAUGUCUUCACAUAGAUGAGUAUCAUUAAUCAUUAAUAGUAAUAUAUAACUAAAGGCAAACUGAGCAAAUUUGUUAUUUCAGAAGAGUGUAUAGAACUGGGUGCCCUUCGUAUGACUCAGUGCCCAUGAAGUAGCUCUCAGGUUCAAAAAGGUUGGGGACCCCUGCUAUAGAAUGUGCUUGGAAAAAAAUAUUUCGUUUUUUGGUUCUUUUGAAGGAAACCUAGCCAAAGAUGCUAAUUGUCCCUUCACCUUCUUGUUCAAAACUUGAGAAGUGCUACAACAAAAAAAUUAUAUACAAAGAUGGACUUUUCUAACCAUUGGAGGCAUGGACAACCAGCAUGAGCGAUACGUGUCGAGUUUGAAAAUUGUUUUGCAUGACCUUGUGUAUUUUCAGACUCUGAGCAGUGCACAGUUGCAUUCUUUUUGACCACUUACCGAUAUGGAGCUAGCCAUUUUGACGCUGAUUGCUAGGAGACUAGCACACAGCUACGAAGAGCACAGUGCUGUUUUGCAACAAAAAAAAGAGCCACUGACAGACUAAAUGGCUGCUCCAAAAGAGCAUGGGGUAUAUUCAGUCUCCAGUCAUGGUUUUAUUCUCAUUGUAUCGUAUUAGCUGUGUGGUCAUCUAUCCAUGCUAUGGUUUUGAUGGUUUCCCUCUUAUUUUCCCUGACUGCCAUUGUUUUGUUAUUGAAUGUCCAUAUAAAAUGUUUUAUAUAAAAAUGUUUUGUUGUGA